AUGACCGCACCUCCAGCUAAAUAUUCGGUAGAAUUACCUAACUCAAGAAAGCCAGGGCAAACUGGAAUUUAUCGCAACGCACUUCGACCAGAUUCCCUGAUUGUUACUUAUAGGCCUGAUGUCAAGACCCUGUACGAAAACUUUCAAUACGCAUUAAAGAUCUCGGGAGACAGACCACUUCUUGGUCACAAACCCUUUAAUAAAGCGACUCGUAAAUUUGAACCAUAUUCAUGGCAAACUUACAAGCAAGUAGCCGAACGUGUGACCAAUUUUGGGUCUGGUCUAAUGCACUUAAACGACAAUGUUAUCAAGAAUCCAAAUUCAAAACAAUGGGCUGUUGGAAUUUACUCAAACAAUAGACCUGAAUGGUUUAUUACUGAUGGGGCUAAUCAAUCAUACAAUUUGAUCACCGUCGCACUCUACGAUACCUUGGGCGCGGAAUCCAUCGAAUACGUGGCAAAUCAUGCGGAAAUUAAAAUUAUCGUUGUCGGUGCUAAUCACAUACCCAACUUGAUUCAAAUUGCCCACAAAAUCCCUGGGGUAAAAGUUUGUGUGUCAAUGGACAGGUUGGAUGAUGAGGAGGAAUACACUUCCCUUGGAUUAAACAUGACCGGGAAAAUCUUAAGAUCGUGGGCACAGGAAAAGGGUAUUCUGCUCUUGGACUUCAACGAAGUUGAGAGGAUAGGUCAGCAACAUCCUCGUAAGCACAAUCCACCGUCACCAAAUGAUAUCGCUUCCAUAUGCUAUACGUCUGGUACGACGGGCACGCCUAAAGGUGCUUUGCUUUCGCAUGCGAGCUUCAUUGGAUCCUUGUCAGCUGUCUAUCAUACUUCAAGUUUAAGACAAGAUGAUAUCUUCAUAUCAUAUUUACCGCUCGCUCAUGUCUUUGGACGUAUUGGAGAACUUUCAGUAAUCAGCUACGGUGCCAGCAUUGGAUAUUAUAGUGGGGAUAUUCUUAAUCUUAUUGAUGACAUGGCAGAACUGAAGCCGACACUUUUCGCAACAGUUCCGAGGUUGCUCACGCGUGUUUAUGCCAAAAUUCAACAAUCCACUGUUAAUGCUCCUGGUGUCAAAGGAGCGUUAUCAAGAAGAGCUUUUGCUGCUAAGCUUGAACGAUUAGAUAAAGGACUCGGUAACACGCAUCCCUUUUGGGAUCGAAUUUUAUUUAACAAGAUUAAACAGGUACUGGGCGGUCGUGUGCGAAGAAUGGUCACUGGAUCAGCGCCCAUAGCUUCGGAGAUAUUACAAUUUUUGAGGGUCGCCUUUUCCUGUGACAUAUCUGAAGGCUAUGGUCAAACGGAAGGCAUUGCUUCGGCAACAAUAUCUCUCGAAGGUGAAAAUAGGGCGGGUCACGUAGGUGGUCCAGUGAUAUGCUGUGAAGUAAAGUUGGUGGAUGUUCCAGAGAUGCGUUAUUUUUCAACUGAUAAACCAUUCCCCCGCGGAGAAUUAUGCAUUCGUGGUACAAACGUAUUCUCUGGUUAUUACAAAAAUGAAGCAAAAACAAAAGAAACUAUUGACGAUGAAGGAUGGUUGCACACCGGUGACGUGGCCUACAUUGAUGAAAGAGGUGCUGUAACCAUAAUUGAUCGUAAAAAGAAUAUAUUCAAGUUGUCCCAAGGAGAAUAUAUCGCUCCAGAAAAGAUCGAAAAUGUGUAUGCCUCUUCCGGUUUAAUACUACAAAUAUUUGUGCACGGCGAUUCUAUUCGUGAUCACCUUGUCGCCAUUGCGAUUCCAAACCCAGAAGUCUUUGUUCCGUGGGCUAAUACAUUAACUGGGCAAAACGUUUCGUUAAGUGACGAGAAAGGAUUAGAAUCUCUUGUUAAGAAUGACCUCGUAAGAAAUGCUUUCUUGGAAGAGAUAAACAAAAUUGGUAAAGAAGCUAAACUCAAAAGUUUUGAGUUGGUCAAGUCCAUCCAUCUUACGCAUGUUCCACUUACCGUCGAAGAUGGUUUAUUGACGCCGACCUUAAAAAUUAAGCGUAAUGAGGCUCAAAAUUACUUCCGUGAUGUGAUUGAUAAGUUAUAUGGAGGGAGGGAUAAUGUGAAAGCCAAAUUGUGA